AUGGGACCGAUCCUGAUCGCUGGCGGGCGGGUAAUCGAUCCCGCCAACGGGAGGGAGGCCGUGGCCGACGUGCUGGUCAGCAAUGGUCUGGUCCGCGCGGUGGCCGACGAUAUUCCGGUCGGGUCGGUUGGCGAACACGGACGGGUGAUUGACGCCUCUGGCUUGGUCGUUGCGCCGGGCUUCAUCGACAUCCACACCCACCUGCGGGAGCCGGGGUACGAGUACAAGGAGACCAUCGCAACGGGGGCUGCUGCCGCGGCAAAAGGCGGGUUCACCACCAUCUGCGCGAUGCCCAACACCGACCCGCCCGUCGACAACGAGGCGGUGGUCGAUCUGGUGAUGCGCCGGGCUGCCGAUGCGCCGGUGCGGGUGCGCGCCAUCGGAUGCGUCAGCCGCGGUCGUGCGGGGCGAGAACUGGCGGACAUGGAGGAACUGGCGUCGGCCGGAGUGGUGGCGUUCAGUGACGACGGCGAUCCCGUGCACGAUGCGGCCCUGAUGCGGUUGGCCCUGACCUACAGCCGGGACCUGGGCGCGCCCAUCAGCAACCACUGCCAGGACCACGGCUCUGUCCAGCCGGCGUCAUGGCCGAGGGCUGGGUGA